ACUCCGCUGCACUGCUGGACUCUGGAUACCGGCGCCUGAAGGAGACCCGAAGCAGGGUGCACUCUAGCAGCACACACCGUCCGCAGCCGCGGGGCACCCUGGGAGCCUACCGCGAGCAGGCUGGGUGCUUCAGGGAGCAGAUAUGUCUGUCCUAUACCCAUCUCUGGAGGACCUGAAGGUGAGCCAAGUCAUCCAGGCCCAAGCCAGAGCCUCACCCAGGAUGCUCACUCCGUCGGCCCCAAUGGCUUCUGCACCCCCACUUUCAGAGUUGUACCCAAACUUGGCGGAACUGGAGAGUUAUAUGGGGCUGUCCCUCUCUAGCCAAGAGGUCCAGAAGAGCCUGCCUCAGACUCCAGACGGUGACAAUAUGGUGGUCACUAGCCCAGGGCCUGGCCAGGUGGCAGCACCAGUCUCUGGGAACAACCUGGGUGUGCUGCGUGCAGAGAUCAAGCCUGGGAUGCGUGAGAUCCACCUGUGCAAGGAUGAGCGUGGCAAGACUGGACUGCGCCUGCAGGCUGUUGACAAGGGGCUCUUUGUGCAGCUGGUCCAGGCCAACACCCCUGCAUCCCUUGUGGGGUUGCGCUUUGGGGACCAGAUCCUGCAGAUUGAUGGGUGUGACUGUGCUGGGUGGAGCACAUACAAAGCUCACAAAGCACUGAAGAAGGCAUCCGCGGAGAAGAUUGUCAUGAUUGUUCGGGACAGGCCAUUCCAGCGGACUGUCACUAUGCACAAGGACAGCUCAGGCCAAGUUGGAUUUUUCAUCAAGAAGGGGAAGAUUGUAUCUGUGGUAAAGGGAAGCUCUGCAGCCCGUAAUGGACUUCUCACCAACCACUACGUGUGUGAGGUGAAUGGACAGAACGUCAUUGGGCUAAAGGACAAAAAGAUUACGGAGAUUCUGACCACAGCCGGAAAUAUCGUCACACUGACCAUCAUCCCCACUGUGAUCUACGAGCAUAUGGUUAAAAAGUUGUCCCCACUGCUGCUUCACCACACCAUGGACCACUCCAUUCCAGACAUCUGAAGUCACAGGGCAGCCCGGGCCUCCCAUCAUCCCGCAGCAGACAGCAGUCCUCGGAUGACAGGCUGCAGCUGGCCAGCUGUCUGGGUCUGGGUAUUGCAGGGCCAUGUCCCAGGUGGACGCAUAUUGGAUGAGUCUGCCAUUGCUGUUUCCAGGCCUGACUCCUAGCCGUGCUGAGGUGCAGGAGGGACUCAGGCACUUGGUUCUCUGUACCCUAGCUGCUGGGCACUUAGGCACUUAGGCAGAACGGCAGAAUGUCACGGAAAGGGUCCCUUUGCAGACUUUUGCGUCUUCUAGAAGCUCAGCCACCUGACUUGACAGAGGACCUCCUCAUGUGUCCCUUGCCUUCAUCGACCUUUGU